UCUCUCUCUGUAGAUGAUGUCUUCUUUUCCGCCCGCGUUUGUUCUUGUUUUCUGUGAUUUCUUGGCUGGCCUUCUCCCUCCCCUUUUCCUUUGACUGUUGUUGAUUCCGGGGUUGAUCUUAGUCGGAUCGGCUUCUUUCGGAUGGAUCUUGCCUUUCAUUUGGUCCAACUCUCAGGGUGAUUGUGUUUGGUCUCGCUCGAUCGCGUCUCAGGUAGCCGAUUUUUUGCACGAGAGGUGAUGGGGAGGGACUCGAAACCCAAGGAUUCGGGAGGGAAGGGCAAGGGAAAGCAGACCGCUGCAUCUGAUGAGAAUGCCUCUAAGGGUAAAGCCAAGGGUGGAAAGUCAAGUGAUGGGCUCGGUACCUGCACUUAUGUCAAAGCACGGCACAUAUUAUGUGAAAAGCAAGGCAAGAUUAACGAAGCAUACAAGAAGCUCCAAGAUGGUUGGUUAAGCAAUGGAGACAAGGUUCCCCCUGCUGAAUUUGCAAAGGUGGCCACAGAGUAUUCCGAGUGUCCAUCAGGAAAGAAAGGUGGAGACCUUGGAUGGUUUCCUAGGGGUAAAAUGGCUGGUCCUUUUCAGGAUGUGGCAUUUAGUACACUUGUUGGAGCUACCAGUGCACCGUUUAAAUCAACGCAUGGGUAUCACAUCAUUCUGUGUGAAGGGAGGAAGAAUUGAUCCUUGAGAUGGCUUUUGUCUACAGACACUUCUUCAGAUAUGGAGGGAACUAGUAGUAUGCCCAUGAUCUUUUCCUAAAAGUUCAUAAACUCAUUUGAGGAUGAGAUGAAACUUGAUACUGCAUAAACUUUGGAGAUAUGUAAAUUAUGAGUAAACAUCAAGUUUAGUUUACUGUUAAUUGCA